CCCGGGGCGCCCGGAGCCACCCCGGGGCGCCCUGCUGGGCGGCGCUGGACAAGUUCUCCGAACCUGUAGCUGGUACCCCUACACUCGGGAUUCUGACGGAGAGGGGGGGUGUGGGCACACCCUCUGCCGCCUGGGCCCGGAGCCCUGCAGACCCUGGAAGUGAAGUCCGGAGCCUCGGAGACUCCUGUCCCCAGGACCGGUCCCGGGGCCUGCCAGGCUCCUGAGCACGCGGGCUGUUCACGGAGCCAAGCACGGAAAUUCCCGUUAGCAACAGGAGGCAGUAUUAUGAGGGAGGCCGAGGACUCCGCGCUCCGGGCAGAGGAACGGCUCUGGGACUAGGGAGUGCCCCUUCCGAGAGGAUGCUGGGGAUCUGCAGGGGGAGACGGAAAUUCCUGGCUGCCUCGCUGACUCUUCUCUGCAUCCCCGCCAUCACCUGGCUCUACCUGUUCGCCGGGAGCUUUGAAGAUGGGAAGCCCGUGUCUCUGUCGCCGCUGGAGUCCCAGCCGCACAGCCCCCGGUACUCGGCCUCCGGCCAGCGGGAGCGGGAGAGCCUGGAGGUGCGAGUGCGAGAGGUGGAGGAGGAGAACCGGGCCCUCCGCAGGCAGCUCAGCCUGGCCCAGGGCCGGGCCCCCGCCCAUCGCCGUGGCAACCACUCCAAGACCUACUCCAUGGAGGAGGGGACCGGGGACAGCGAGAACCUGCGUGCUGGCAUCGUGGCGGGCAACAGCUCCGAGUGUGGGCAGCAGCCGGUCGUGGAGAAGUGUGAGACAAUCCACGUUGCUAUCGUCUGCGCGGGAUAUAACGCCAGCCGGGACGUUGUCACCUUGGUCAAGUCUGUCCUGUUUCACAGGCGGAACCCCCUGCACUUCCACCUCGUCGCCGACUCCAUCGCCGAGCAGAUCCUGGCAACCCUCUUCCAGACCUGGAUGGUGCCCGCAGUGCGCGUGGACUUCUACAACGCCGAUGAGCUCAAGUCUGAAGUUUCCUGGAUCCCCAACAAACAUUACUCUGGGAUUUACGGCCUGAUGAAGCUCGUCCUCACCAAGACGCUUCCUGCCAACCUGGAGAGGGUCAUUGUCCUUGACACGGACAUCACCUUCGCCACCGACAUCGCUGAGCUGUGGGCUGUGUUCCACAAGUUCAAAGGUCAGCAGGUCCUGGGCUUGGUGGAGAACCAGAGUGACUGGUACCUUGGGAACCUGUGGAAGAAUCACCGCCCUUGGCCUGCCCUCGGAAGGGGCUACAAUACAGGGGUGAUCCUGCUGCUGCUGGAUAAGCUGCGGAAGAUGAAGUGGGAGCAGAUGUGGAGGCUGACCGCCGAGAGGGAGCUGAUGGGCAUGCUGUCCACGUCCUUAGCCGACCAGGAUAUUUUCAACGCCGUCAUCAAGCAGAACCCCUUCCUCGUGUAUCAGCUCCCCUGCUUCUGGAACGUGCAGCUGUCGGACCACACCCGCUCCGAGCAGUGCUACAGAGACGUGUCUGAUCUGAAGGUCAUCCACUGGAACUCCCCCAAGAAGCUGCGCGUGAAGAACAAGCACGUGGAGUUCUUCCGCAACCUCUACCUGACCUUCCUGGAGUACGACGGCAACCUCCUGAGGCGGGAGCUGUUCGGCUGCCCCAGCGAAGCCGAUGUCAACAGUGAAAACCUCCAGAAGCAGCUGUCGGAGCUGGACGAAGAUGACCUGUGCUACGAGUUCCGGCGAGAGCGCUUCACCGUCCACCGGACCCACCUGUACUUCUUGCACUACGAGUACCAGCCCGCUUCCGACGACACGGACGUCACCCUGGUGGCUCAGCUCUCCAUGGACAGGCUCCAGAUGCUCGAGGCCAUCUGCAAGCACUGGGAGGGGCCCAUCAGCCUGGCCCUCUACCUGUCUGACGCCGAGGCCCAGCAGUUCCUCCGCUAUGCGCAGGGCUCCGAGGUGCUCAUGAGCCGUCACAAUGUGGCCUACCACAUCGUGUACAAGGAGGGCCAGUUCUACCCCGUGAACCUGCUACGCAACGUGGCCAUGAAGCACGUGGGCACACCCUACAUGUUCCUGUCCGACAUUGACUUCCUGCCCAUGUACGGGCUCUAUGAGUACCUCAGGAAGUCGGUCAUCCAGCUCGACCUCGCCAAUACCAAGAAAGCGAUGAUCGUCCCUGCGUUCGAGACGCUGCGCUACCGGCUCUCCUUCCCCAAAUCCAAAGCGGAGUUGCUGUCCAUGCUGGACAUGGGGACUCUCUUCACGUUCAGGUACCACGUCUGGACAAAAGGCCACGCGCCCACCAACUUCGCCAAGUGGCGGACCGCCACCACGCCUUACCGGGUGGAGUGGGAGGCCGACUUCGAGCCGUACGUGGUCGUGAGACGGGACUGCCCUGAGUACGACCGGAGGUUCGUGGGCUUUGGCUGGAACAAGGUGGCUCACAUCAUGGAACUUGAUGCGCAGGAAUACGAGUUCAUCGUGCUUCCCAAUGCCUACAUGAUCCACAUGCCUCAUGCCCCCAGCUUCGACAUCACCAAGUUCCGGUCCAACAAGCAAUACCGCAUCUGUCUCAAAACCCUGAAGGAGGAGUUUCAGCAGGACAUGUCCCGCCGCUAUGGCUUUGCCGCCCUCAAGUAUCUCACGGCUGAGAACAACAGCUAGCACCAAGAGGCCACCGCGAGGGGGCGACGUUCUGCAGGGGGAGAGCCACUGGCUGUUUGGGGCCCAGCCUUGAAACUCAAAAUUAAGCAAUGCUUUUUUGGUUUGUUUUUAUUUGUCUCUUUGGCCCAACAAGGCUGCCCACACCACGGAGAUCUGGGACAAGGAUCCGUCCGGCCCCUCUCUGCCCCACAACCCAGCAUUCCCAGAAUGUGGAAAAAUAGCUCACCCGCCUAUUCUCUUCAAGACUGGGACGUGGAGGGGUGAGAGGGAGCACCGGGGUUAUCCUACCACAAAGCCACAAAUCCAAGCAGGUCUUUAGAAUGUUCUUGUUGCUUUUUAGGAAAGGAAAGUCAGGGUGCUGGGGGUCAGUCAUCCCAGGAAAUAAAAGCAAAAAUGUCUUUUCAUUCAGAGGAUACUUUCUUCUUUGCCCUGCAAUCUAGCUGAGUACCCAAGGCGAGGGCAAUCCAAUGAUUGGAACCAACCAUUUGGAAAAAAAACAAAAAACCCAAUGGGGACAUUGUACGUGGCAGGACCUGGAGGUAGGGUUGACUUUAUCUUCAAGGUCACUCUUGUUUCGAUUUGUUUUAGUUUGGGGGGAUUUUGUUUGUUUGUUUUUGGUAUGGGAAUCCAAAAUAGAAAAUCUGGUCUUUUAAGGCUCUGAUGGGAAAAUCAGCUGCCUCAACCAACACCCCUCUAUCGGCAGCGGCCCAGCAGGGAGGAAGAGUCUUCAGCCAGUAGUCGAACGUGGGCAGCCUUCUACAGGAUCAUCAGCGAGGCCCCCAUGACCUUGAAUUCCCCACGUCCCGGAAUCCAGGGGCCAAGACGGAAAGAUGACAACCAACUAUUUUACAACCGGUCACAUUUUCCACUGGCAAUGACUGAUUCCCGGGGAAAGGGCUCCGGAGGGACUGUCUCGGUGCACGUGGAAGGUAUGAAGCCCUCAGGCCUUCAGAACUUUCCCGACUCGUGCGAGCCCGGUUCUGAAGAUGCACGUCUGUUGGGAGAGGCCCGGGAAGAGCGCGUCGGGCCCCUCCGUGUCCGUGCCCGCUCCGCUGUGGCCGGGGCGAGGUCGCGACCUCAGGCCCGCUGGGACCUGUCCGGAGGGUCGGCGAGCACCUUCACUCUUACAGAGUGAGGAGACACUGGACUUUUUACCCAUUUUCUUGAAUCUUCAAUGUUAAUGUUGUGUUUACACUGAUGAGACCGAGCCGGUGCCCCUCUGCCGGGCGGUGUGUGAGUCGCGAUGUGCGUGGCGAGCGCCGCGUUCAAUAAACGGGAGUCUGGAGCGUUC